AUGGAGACGAGACCCAUCUUCGCCUCCACCAUGGCAAAGCCCUGGCCGACACAGACGCGAACCCCGCCGCCGAAGGGGAAGAAGGCCGUCCCCGCCGCCGGCGACUGGUUCUUCGACGCCCUGGAGACCCCCUCGGCGAACCUCUCCGGGUUGAAAUCACCGGCGUCGUCCCCCCAGUACUCCGGAUCGUGCUGGACCAGCAGGACGGCCAGCUGGAGCUGCACCCCCGCCGGCAAGCUGUACUCUCCCACCGUCGUCGCCGCCCGGGUGAUCCGAGAGAGGAACAGCACCGGCGGGUACAGUCGGAGCACCUCAUGGAGAACCAUCGUUACCUGCAACAUACAAGAAAGAGAGAGAGAGGGAUCACCCGCCUGAACCUGGCAGAUAAUGAGAGAUUGAGGUGAUGAGGGAGGAGGAAUGUUUCCCACAAUCUUCAGCUGGCUCAGUCUGUCGAAGUCCGGCUUCUCCCUGCCGAAAACCUGCAGAACCUCGGCCCUGGCGCGGUCCUGCCAGCUCGGAUGCAUUGCUAGGGCGACCAUGGCCCAGGUCAGGAGGAUGGAGGUCGUCUCCUGCCCGGCAAAAUAGAAGAGCUUGCAUUCUUCGAUCACCUCCUCAGUCGUCAUCCGGGCCACCCCUCUGGAGGUCCCAUCCUCCUGGAAGCCGACCUGGUUGGAUUGCAGGAGCAGGCCCAGCAGGUCGUCGUCGCCGGUGGCGGCGCCAGGCGCCGCCUGUCGCAGUGCCUUCUCUCUUCUGGCGAUGAUUUCCCGGAGGAGGUCCUCCAUCUCCCGGUCGACUUCCCUCAUCCGUCGGUUCCUCUUCGUGGGGAGAAACCUGUAA